AGAGCGACCUGCAAAGGGGAUCAAACGGCUGAAGCCAGCGCAGGAAGGGGUGGGGUGGAGGGGGACAUCCAAAAAAGCCCUUGUCCCUCUUCAGAUCUCCCCUUAUCUCCCCGGCUAUCUCCUGGGCUUAGCCCGGGCGCACUCGCUGGCAAUUACCUGCCCCAAGCCAAUCAGGCGCCGAGCACAGCCCUGGGUCCCCUUCCCCGGGGUGGUUUAUAAAUGACUCACGGGCUGCUCGGAGCAGAGCCCUGGCGCAGCUCCUCGCCUGCACCUCUCGCCUCGUCGCGGCUCCCCUCCAGCAUCGGCCCUUCCUCGGCGCAGAAUCCAAUGAUCCAGAGAUGAACCAGGCCAGGCCUCGCUACGUCAUCGAGCGUCCUGCCUAUUCCCUCAGCCUCUUCGACGAGGAGUUUGAGAAGAAAAGCAGAACUUACCCUGUUGGGGACAAACUGAGGAACCUCUUCAGAUGUUCAGCGUCCAGACUCAAGCUCAUCCUCUUCAGCCUCUUCCCGAUCCUCGUGUGGCUUCCCAAGUACAAAAUCAAGGAGUACAUUUUGCCUGAUGUUCUCGGGGGCGUCAGCGCGGGGACGAUCCAGGUGCCGCAAGGGAUGGCCUUUGCACUACUGGCCAAUCUGCCUCCUGUCAAUGGGCUCUACUCCUCCUUCUUCCCAUUGGUAACAUACCUCUUCCUUGGGGGUAUCCAUCAGAUGGUCCCAGGUACGUUUGCAGUCAUCAGCAUUAUUGUUGGCAACGUCUGCAAUGAGCUGGCUCCGGAGUCGGACUUCCAGUACUUCAACCACACCACUAAUGAGACCAGCGUGAACACCACAGCCCUGGAGGCGGCCAGGCUGGAGAUCUCGGCCACCCUGGCCUGCCUCACCGCCGUCAUCCAACUGUGCCUGGGAUUCGUGCAGUUCGGCUUUGUUGCCAUCUACCUCUCCGAGUCUUUCAUCAGGGGCUUCAUGACAGCAGCAGGGCUGCAGAUCCUCAUCUCCGUGCUCAAGUACGUCUUCGGCUUGACAGUCCCAUCUUACACCGGGCCCUUAGCUAUCGUCUAUACUUUCAUUGACAUUUGUAAAGGUCUGCCCCAAACCAACGUGGCCUCCCUGGCCUAUGCCUUGGUCAGUGCUGUGCUCCUGAUCAUUGUCAAGGAGCUCAACCUGAAGUACAUGAAGAAGAUCCGGAUGCCCAUCCCCAUGGAGAUCAUCAUUGUAAUAGUUGCCACUGCCAUCUCCGGCAGCUUUAACAUGCCUGAGAAGUACGGCAUGCCAGUCGUUGGGAAGAUCAGCAUGGGGUUCCCAGCACCAACGCUGCCCCUGGUGCACAAGUGGAAGGACAUGAUCGGCACGGCCUUCUCCCUCGCCAUCGUGAGCUACGUGAUCAACCUGGCCAUGGGGAGGACGCUGGCAGCCAAGCACGGCUACGACGUGGACCCCAACCAGGAAAUGCUGGCCCUGGGCUGCAGCAACUUCUUCGGAUCCUUCUUCAAAAUCCACGUCAUCUGCUGCGCUCUCUCGGUCACUCUCGCCGUCGAUGGGGCAGGAGGGAAAUCACAAGUGGCAAGCUUCUUUGUGGCCAUGGUGGUGAUGGUGACCAUGCUGGCGCUGGGCAUCUACCUCGAGCCCCUUCCAAAGUCUGUCCUGGGAGCCCUCAUCGCAGUGAACCUGAAGAACUCCCUCAAGCAGCUGGCGGAUCCCUUCUACCUGUGGAAGAAGAGCAGGCUGGACUGCCUGGUCUGGCUGGUGAGCUUCCUGUCCGCCUUCUUCCUGAGCCUUCCCUACGGAGUCGCUGUGGGCGUGGGAUUCUCGGUGCUGGUCGUGGUUUUCCAUACCCAGUUCCGAAACGGCUCUGCCCUGGGCCAGAUCACUUCCACUGACAUCUACAAGAACCCGAAAGCCUACAACAAGGUGCAUGAACUUAAUGGCAUUAAAAUCGUGACCUACUGCUCCCCACUGUAUUUUGCCAACUCGGAGAUCUUCCGGGAGAAGAUCAUAGCCAAGACAGGGGUGGAUCCUGGCAAAGUGUACUUGGCCAGGAAGAAGUACGUGAAGCGGCAGGAGAAGGGCACGGCACAACCACCACCAAACCUACCCAAACUCCUGCUGAGGCAGAACAAGACCCUGUCUUUGCAAGAGCUCCAGAAGGACUUCGAAAGCAGCUCUCCAACAGACACCAACAACAACCAGACGACCGCUAACGGGGCCAGCAUCUCCUACGUGACGUUCCAGCCCCCUGGCACCAGCGCUGCCGGCUCCAGUGAGCUGGGCAGCACUAAUGCUGUACAAGGAAGCACCUUCCUGCCUGCAGCAGAGCUCGACCCUGUGAUGACAGCACCGCCCUACCUCAGCUUCCACACCAUCAUCCUGGACAUGAGCGGAGUGUGCUUUGUCGACCUCAUGGGCACAAAGGCGCUGGGCAAGCUGUGUUCCAGCUACCAGAAGAUUGGGAUUAAAGUGUUCUUGGCAAACGUGCAGGCCCAGGUUUACAAUGACAUUAGCACAGGAGGCGUCUUUGAGGAAGGGGGCCUGGACCGAAGUCACCUCUUCCUAACAAUCCAUGAUGCUGUCCUCUUUGCACUGGCAGAUAUCAAGGAAGUUGUCCACCCGCCCAGCUUAGAAGAGAGGCCAGACCAGACAGAGCUCUCCAUCUAUGAUGAGUCUGCGGAUGAAGGCAGCACAGAGUUCAAGAACCUGGAGGAGGAGAUGUUUGGCAGCAUGUUCCACUCAGAGACCCAGACAGCUCUGUGAGCACACAGGGAGCCUCAGCACAAGGCAAACCCUCCCAAAGAGCCUCCUCUCUCCCAUCCCCUCGUGAAGAGCUGCACUUCUGCCUGGGGGAUACAACAAGUUUGCAAAGCAAGAGGCCAUCACCCCUCUUGAACUGGUACAUUCCUCCCUCCAUCCUGCUCUACUUCUGG